ACUUUAGAUAAAACAACAUCGGUUCGGUUACCUUUCAAAGUUUGAUCUAGCGGUCGUGUUAGUUCGUGAACGACAGCCGGUAUCCCAACAGUGUUUCGGACGUAUCCGGUAGCGAUUGAUUUAUUCGAUUUGUACCACCGUGAAAGAUUAUGUGUACCGAUUAAGACUGGGUGGAAUUCGUAAGGUUUACCAAAUCAACAAUAAAAGCUUCGAACACAUUCAUACGAAGAGCGGAAGCACAUGUAGUGAAAACAAAAUAUUCUCGAACAAAAAUAGACACAUCCCGUCUUGUAAAUCAUGUCCUACAAAUAAUUAUCCUCGUGAACUAAUACAAACGAGUGCAUGCUAUCGGUGGAGUUUGAUCUGAUUGCGUGUCGAGCAGCAUCUAAUUAUAGACCUGGAAAGAAUUUAUAGCAACGCAGUGUGCAAUUAAAUCAUUAUGAGAAAAAUGCCGGAUCACGAGGAAAAGUUGCUACUGCCGACAACAAUAUUCCAUCAUCAAAAUAAACAAAACAAUCAGUGUACGGACAGCUGUGAUGGAAAUAGUUGUUAUUGGAGCAAUGGAGAUCGGUCAAACACCCUAGGACUAAGAGGAAGCUGUCGAGACGAGAGAUCACCAAGGCAUCGGUCUCAGCUUUGGCGGUCAAGAAUUACGCGCUGGUAUAGAGGCAAUCUACUCAUUUUAUUUACGGCUACUGUUGCAACAACGUUGACGGUUUUGGCUUCAGAACGGAAGCUACAAAUGCCUGGUCGAGUAAUUUUCAAGAUAUUGCAUGGUGAAUCCAUCCAUUCUGGAACUUCAGCACUGCAAAUCAGGUGCACCCAUCACGAUGAAUUCUUAUAUGCAAGCCCAGCAAGCAAAUGCACGUCAUACUAUCGUUGCUACCAAGGUGAACAGAUUCGGUACAGAUGUAACGAGAGGUCAGUUUUCGACUUUUAUCAACAGAAAUGUAUACGUAGUGAAGGCACUUGCUAUGAACCCGUUUGCACCGGGAAAACAAAUGGGUUAUAUGCUGAUACGACUCAUAGCUGUCGUAGAUCGUACGAAUGCAGUGGUGGAAAACUUAUAGCAGUUGCAAAUUGUCCCUUAGGGCAUCUAUUUGAUGGAAAUAAAUGUGCACCUCAACAUGAGGUUACCUGCGAAAGUCCGAAGAAUUCUGCCAUUGCCUUUCCCUUCAGUGGAGAUGAUCGAUGCUUCGGAAGGCAAAACGGAAAUCAUAUCAUCGAUGACGAGCAGUGCAAGAAAUUCAUGAUUUGCCACGAGAAUACCGUAAUAGACGUGCUUGAGUGUCCAUUUGGAUACGUGUAUAAUGAAGUGACUAGACGAUGCACGUAUACUGGAGGCAUUGGGAUGGUAGGCUGUAUGAGUAACUUCAUGGAUGAAGGGGAUGACAUGUGUUCAAAACUUCCUGAUGGUCCUCACACAGAUCCAACAUCUAAGGAUUGCAAGAAAUAUAUUGAAUGUAUGGAUGGAAGACUAUUUUCGAAACACGAAUGCCCAAGGGCUACCGUUUUCAACGGUGUACAAUGCGUUCCUGAUGUUCUAUACCACUGUCCCCGAAUCGCUCUUCCAGGAGAUAUUUGCGAUAAGAAACAUGAUGGAUUUUAUAUUGACCCAAGAAAAGGCUGCUCUUAUUACGUUCGAUGUGAAAGGCAAAGAACUGUAGAAAAUCAUUCCUGUCCUUCCGGCUUUCACUACAAUCCGUCAGAAAAUCUAUGCUUGGAACAACUUAACAGUGAAGUCUGUCGAGAAUCUGGAUAUUCUAAUGACUGCAUUCAACGAUCUGCCGGAUACUACCAGGAUACAUCAGAGGAACCCAAAUGCUCUCAAUACUUUUAUUGUUUCAAUGGCAAUAAAACUACCCUUCGAUGUGGGCCGGGUCAUGUGUAUGAUGGAGAAAACUGUGUCAGCUCCUCGGUCUAUACAUGUCCAAGUACAAACUUCAACUCAUGCAUAAGCAAACCCAACGGGUACUACCGAGAUCCAGCAGGGGGCUGCCGCUCAUAUUUCUACUGUUCGGAAGGGAUCAAAACUUCCUACCUCUGCAAUCCAGGUCAAAUUUUCAGUAACGGUCAUUGCGUCGGACGUCUCGAAGAUACGUCCUGCAAUGACGAUGCCGUCUGUGUAGGUAAAUCAGAUGGUUAUUACCAAGACUUCCAAUCCAACUGUCGGAACUACUUCUACUGUCAACGCGGAGAAAAGCUGCAAACACUUACCUGUCGGGGAAGCAAAAUCUUCAACGGUCACAGUUGCGUUCCACAAGACACAUACAUCUGUCCACGAGGUAAAAUGGCGGCUGAUACAUUGUUGAACUGCCUUCCUCGUCCUUGCAGCCCAGAUUGCUCGAGAAAUGGGUUCCAAAAUGAUUUCGAUAGCGAUUGCGAGAAUUACUUCUUCUGCAUCGAUGGCAAAAAGACAGUUCUAUCCUGUUCAAAUAAUUAUGUUUUCAAUGGCGAAAUCUGUGUUCCUAGAGAUACAUACCAGUGUCCAAAGUACUGUGAGUCUACAGCUUCUUGUAAAUGAACACAAAAGAUGUUUUCAAGAAUGUUAGUUAAAGGGAAACAGCGAAUCGUAGCAUGAAUCUAGUUUUAGUAUUUAUUUAUACACUAUCUCCCACCUGUGCCAACCAAGUAAUGAGAUUUGUCUGAUUGUUCAGAACUAUUAUCAUAAAAUCAUUGUACUCGAACUAAUAACUUCAAAUGUUUAAAACAGCUAUAAAUAAUGACUUUUGGCCAUACUUAUAGUUCUGUACAUCAGAUCAAUGCAUUGCAUAUCCGUAAUGACGAUUUUACCGUCAGCAUGUUAUGUUUUCUACAGAAUCCAAACACCUUUUAUGAUAAACUACAAUUUUACAAACUGUUAGGUAAGGAGUAGGUCCAUUUACAAUACUCAUAGAUUAUUUCAGUGUUACAAUAGUUUAUUAGUAUUCCAAAUGAGUUUGAUGCUCAUUGAUGUAAAGUAUGUUUGAACUCAAACAAUUACGUUAUAAGUCUAAGGUGAAAAGGAAAAAAAUUGUUUAUAAAUCUUUUUGAAAUGAGCGUAAAUCGAAUUCAAAUUUAAACACGAAUAUCCUUCAAUAUUGUGCGAUGUUGUGACUGUUGGGAUUGACUAAAAUGUUUUUCAAAA